GCGAUCAUGUUUCGUUCACUCACUCUUUCUCUUGCUCUCGCUAAUUCUGCACUUGCAACCUACUCUUUUGACCCACUGGAGCAUCUGGCUGGCAUCGCCCCCUACUUCGAGCCCGCCGACCCACCGCUUAAUCCCAAACCCCCACAAGGAUGCAAUGUCACCAGAGCCUCAUACCUGGUUCGACAUGCUGCUAUUUAUGCCAAUGACUUUGAUUAUGAAGAGUAUAUUGAACCUUUCACCAACAAGUUGAAGAACACUACCGUGGACUGGAGCAAAGCCGGGCCACUUCGAUUUCUCGCAACAUGGCAGACACCAAUAUCGGACGAUGAACAGGAGAAGCUGACCAAGGCCGGAGAGCUGGAGGCUUUCCAGCUAGGUGUCGACAUAGGAAUGAGAUACCCCAGUUUCCAGGCCCCUAAGAGGGUGUGGACGUCAACAGCGGAGCGGACCGAGAAGAGCGCCCUAUCCUUUAUUGAGGGUCUGGUUGAACAAAGCAACGAGACACAGCGUGUGUCUGUUGCAGAGAGUGAAGCAGAAGGGGCGGAUUCACUGACUCCAUAUGAGGGCUGUCCGAAAUAUAGCUCGUCCGCUGGGAGCAAACAGUCGUCGCAAUACAAGGAAAUAUACACAAAACCAAUCAUUGAACGUUUUCAUAACCUAGCGCCUGGCUUCAACUUUACUGCCGACGAUAUUGUGGGCAUGCAGGAGUUGUGCGGCUACGAGACCGUCAUUAGAGGUUCGUCUCUAUUCUGCGGCCUUGAGGUGUUUUCGCCCAAUGAAUGGCUUGGAUUUGAAUACACGAAUGAUAUCCAAUACCAUUACAACACCGGUUAUGGAAACGCUAUCUCUGGUGUGCUUGGAUACCCUUGGCUCAAUGCUACUGCUGGACUCCUUGCGUCCGAUAAUUCAUCCCAGGACAUCUAUGUGUCCUUCACCCACCGCGAACUCCCACCCAUGGUACUCGUCGUAAUGGGUCUUUUCAAUAACUCGGCGUAUUCGGGAGCGAACGAUCCCAAUGCGACCAUGCCCCUCACAGUUCAGAACUACAUGCGAGCCUGGAUAUCAUCCCGUAUCCUUCCCUUCCUAACUAACAUCGCUGUAGAGAAAAUGGCCUGCGAUAGCUACGGCUUCGAUUCUGGCGACUACUUCAGAGUUCUCGUUAACCAGAGCCCUCAGCACCUACCUGAUUGUGGAGAUGGGCCUGGGGAGAGCUGCUCGAAACCCAGGUUCGGGCAGUUCGUGCAGACAAGGGGUGAGAUGUUUGGAGGAUACACGGAGAAUUGUCAGCCAGAGUAUAACAACUCGACGAAUGUACUCAGCAUUUAUGAAAGCUGAAAAGUCUCACCUCUGGCCUU